UAGGUUUGUGGGUUUAGUUUGUCUUUUCCGUUACUUGUUGGAAAAUCCUUCUCUUGUUUUUUUUUAGCGUUGAAAUUUUGGCUGGGGCUUUGGAGGCAAGUAUUCCUUGUUGCUGGUUUGUUUGUUUGAGUUUGGGCUGGUUUGUUGGAUUAGAAGUUUUUGUGAAUGCUUUUUCUCCAAGUCCAGGUUUUGUUUUUUUGACGUUUUAGUUUUUUUAAGGUUGCUGUUUAAAUUUUUUUUGUUCUAGGCGGAGGUUGUGGCCGGCAGGGCCACAUUUUUACUUGUAAUUUAUUUUUGUUGCUGGUCUCUAGUUUUAUAUGGUUUUUAUUUCACGUAUUUUUACGCCUUUUUUAAUUAAUGUUAAUUUAUCUGUAAAUUUUUUUAAUUAUAUUUGUUUCUGUUAAUUAGUUAUACGCAGUUUGGUAGCUAUCGAUUAUGAGUUUAAGAAUAUCGAUUGUGUUUCACGUAAAUACCACUUGGUGAGCGCCCGGCGGUUGGCUGAUGACGUCAGACAUUCGGCUUGCCGGGAAGAAAAAAUCAGCUGGGCCGGUGAGUGGGUGCCGAGCGACCGUGGAGGACAGAGGGAUGUGACGGUGCGGACUGGUGUGCCGGACGGCAACGGGCGACGAAGAGUAUUGGGAUGGAGGCUCCACGCUGGGCGACAGGGCAAUGGAUUGCCCUGUGAUACAGAAGUAAUCAAGGUAAAGAGAGGCCGCGAUUUUGAUUUUUACCCUCGUGGUGCUGCACUGGUUUUUGGCAAACCUAGUGAACUGUGUAUUUUCCCAUACUAAAUUUUAUUUGGACGGAACUUUUAUUAGCCUGUUUGGUGAAGAGGCCCAUUUGUUUCACACGUUGUUCCAGUGUGGGAUUUUUUAAUAAGGUCGCCCGUUUGCCUGUAGUUGCAAUAAAAGUAUAAGUUUGGAAGAAACGAACAUUUUGCAAUUUGUUUUUGAGACUUUGUCAUCGGAAUUUGCAUACGUAAAGUUGGCAUUUGGCUAAUAUAUCAGCUUGUGCAGUAUUAUUAAAUGUAUGCGAUCGGUAUUGGACUACAUGCGCAGCCUGAUGUUGGUUGGUGCGGCCAUUCUACGUUUUUAUAAAAUCAUUGGCAAGUUAAUAAAGAAGUAAGACUUUGUUUGAAGCUGAUGAUAAAUACUUCUGUGGUAACAUGGUUAUGUUACGUGAAGAGUUUUUGCUACAUUUCCCUUAAAAAUAAGAUAAUUUUUUUUUGGUCAUCGUUCACGCCUUUGUGAAUUCGUACCUAUGGCCCGGCGUGGCAUUAGACUCUGGAGUUGGUGAGGAAGGCUAGCCUGUAGCCAUGGCCAGUUUCUCCAGCAUGGACCCCGCUCCUGACGACGUCGUGAUAUCCGGCAUCGGGGGAACAUUCCCGAAAUCCGACAACCUGGAUGAGUUUCAAAUGAACCUGCUUAGUAACACAGACCUGGUGGAAGAUAUACUGGAUGCUAACUGGCAGAGGGAUAAACUUGGUGUACCAUGCAAGAGUGGUGCAAUAAGAAACAAAAACAAAUUUGAUACAGCAUUUUUUGGAAUCUCUCAAGCCCAAACAUUAAAAAUGGACCCGAUGACUUGGAGAAUAUUGGAAAAUACUUUCGAAGCAAUAAUAGACUCAGGUCUCAAACCCUCAGACCUGCGGAACACCAACACCGCAGUGAUCAUGGGGUCUUGUAACAGUGAAUCCGAGUCUCUGUGGAUUCUGUUCGGGGUCACAGAUGCAGGCUUCAGCGUCAUGGGGCACAACCGAGCCAUGGUUGCGAACCGAGUGUCGUACUGGCUCAACACAACAGGUACCAGCUACAGCUACUAUGCAGAAGAAACAGGAGGCAUCAAAGGACUGGAAAUCGCUCGAGAACUAAUAAAGACUCGUCAAUGUGACGCCGCGAUCGUAGGAACAAUUAGUUUAUCAGCCCUUCCUGAGGCGUCGUUUAGUCACCUGAGUCUUGGCUGCCUGAGUAAUGACGGAAAAUGUCGGUCAUUCGAUGUUAAAGGCAGUGGCUACGCCAGAAGCGAAGCAUGCGUGGUGAUGCACCUACAGAGAGCGGAGAAUGCCAAGAGGAUCUACGCCACAGUAGUGCACGCACAGACCGCCUGGUACGGAGAAAGGGAUGCUGGGAUCGUCAGACCUGUUAGUGACCAUGUGGUCCAGUUCCUCCAGAGCUUCUACGAGAAGAGCGGCAUCGACCCAACUCACAUCGACUACUUGGAAGCCAGCGGCUGUGCUCUAAAGGUGUAUGAAGAAGCUGAGUUCAAGGCAGUGUCCAAGGCCCUACUCAGCAGGAGGAAAUCCCCUCUUCUCAUUGGCUCAGUCAAGUCCAAUAUUGGACACACCGGUGCCGCCUCAUCUUUGUGCUCCGUGGUCAAGGCGGUGAUCGCUAUGGAGCAGGGAGUUAUCCCGGCUAACCUUCACUACGAAACACCAGGGCCUCAUAUUCCUGCGCUGGUUGAAGGAAGGCUUAAGGUGGUGAGUGAGAACACGGCGUGGACCCCGGGUCUGACUGCAGUCAGCAGUCUGGACAUGACCGGGGCCUGCGGACACGUGGUUCUUCGGCCCUGCGCGAGAACUAAACCACCUGCUGGUGGACUCGGCGAUGAGUUGCCCAGACUAGUGUGUCUGUCCGGGAGAAACCAGGAAUCCAUGAAGGAAAGUAUAGACAAGAUCAAUGUUAAGGCAUCCGAUGCAGAACUUAUAAGACUGGUGCAGGACGUUUAUUCAUCGAACAUCACCAACCACAAUUACAGGGGAUACUUUUUCACUUCCUCCAAAGAAGAUGCAAAUGAGAUAAAGUACUUCGACGGCUCCAAGCGGCCGGUGUGGUUCGUGUUCUCCGGGAUGGGCAGCCAGUGGGCCGGCAUGGCCACUCACCUCAUGAGGUUGCCCGUCAUAGCUCGCACUCUGCACGAGUGCCACAGGAUACUGCAGCCCAAAGGACUGGACCUCAUCAACAUCCUCACCAGCCAGGAUCCUGCUGUGUUCGACAACAUCCUGCACUCCUUCGUGGGCAUCGCUGCUGUGCAGCUGGCGCUGGUGGACACUCUGAGGCUGCUGAACAUCGAGCCGGACGGCAUCAUCGGGCACUCGGUGGGGGAGCUGGGCUGUGCCUACGCCGACGGCUGCUUCACCAUGGAGCAGAUGAUCCUGGCCGCGUACUACAGGGGCCUGGCUUCUCUGGAGACUGAGCUCAUCGAAGGACGCAUGGCCGCUGUCGGUCUGGGCUACAAGAAGAUAAAAAGCAUAGUUCCUCCGAGCAUCGAUGUAGCUUGCCACAACAGUAUUGAUAGCAGUACUAUUUCUGGACCAGCUGAAGCAGUUACGCAGUUUGUAAACCAAUUACAAACGCAAUUGGUUUUUGCCAGGGAAGUCAAUGUGUCAAACAUUGCGUAUCACAGCCGAUACAUCAAGCCCGCUGCACCGAAACUAUUGGCUUACUUAAAGACUGUAAUCCCGGAACCCAAGCAGCGGUCGCCUCGCUGGCUCAGCACCUCCGCCCCGGAGGAGCUGUGGAGCACAGACGAGGCCAGAUACUCGUCAGCUCAGUACCACACCAACAACCUGCUGAACCCAGUCCUGUUCGAGGAGACCAGCAAGCACAUCCCCAAGAAUGCCAUACUCAUAGAGAUUGCCCCUCACGGCCUCCUGCAGGCCAUACUGAAGAGGUCGAUGGCAGCGGACUGCAUCAACGUGCCUCUCACGCAGCGAGGGAACCAGAAAGGUCUGGAGUUCCUGCUGUCUGCAGUUGGCAAACUAUAUCUGGCAGGAGUGGUCCCUCGUGUCAGCGCUCUGUACCCACCGGUGCAGUUCCCAGUGUCCAGGGGGACACCGUCCCUCGCCCCCCUCGCCACGUGGGACCAUUCCAAGACAUGGCGCUUGACGAGCGAGAUCAAAGUGGAUGAAAAAAAAGCAUCGAAGAGAAAUUUUACACUGACAUUAAAUGAUGAAAGUUAUCGAAUGCUCAAAGACUACGUAGUGGAAGGUCAAAUUAUUAUGCCAGCUGCAGCUAUUGUUGUGCUGCUGUGGAGAAACCUCGGAGACAUGAUCUCACGGAACUACAGCAAGAUGCCCGUCAUGUUCGAGGGGGUACAUUUUGACUACUUGCCGAUGUUUCCAAAGAAUGGAUGUCUGGACAUAAGAGUCUUCCUCCAACGAGCCUCUGGCUGUUUCGAGAUCUUCGAGGAAGGAAAAGGGCAGAUAUUGGUCAGAGGCCAGGUAAGAAUCAUAGAGGACGCUGCUGCAGAGUUUUCCAGCGAAACUGAAUUUGAUUCCGAGGACGGCGAGAGCUUAACGUCCCACGAUGUCUACUCGGAGCUGGAGUACAGAGGGUUCGAGUAUGGAGAGAAGUUCCGCAGAAUAAGAAGUGCGACCGUCUGCAAGAAAGGCUGCAGCGCUGUGAUAGACUGGAGCGACGACUGGGUGGUGUCCAUCGACUCACUGCUGCAGUUGGCAGUACUGCAGUCCACGGCCAACAAGCAACAGCUGCUAGCGCCCAUGUUCUUUCGGAAGCUGGUCAUAGAUCCACUCGCAGAAAACAGGAAAAAGAGCACCAAGGAAAUAGUUGCACAGUUUCAUAACUUCACCAAAACAGUGCGCUGUGGAAGCAUCGAAGUUAGAGGAAUAGAGACCAGAGAGAUGCAACUGGAGAGACCACUUGAUGUUGCAGUUCGCAAAACCAGUUUUGUUCCCUUCAAGAAAUCAAAGAUACAGAAUGCCCAACAGUUCAUCAAAAGAGCUAUAAGAACAUCAUUAGAAAACAAGUAUGGUCACUCAAGGAGUAGAGUAACUUUGACAAUCUUGGUUGAUGACAAAACCACAAAACAUCCUGAUCCAUCAGCUGCAAGCAUAUUCACGGAGAUGAAUAAUUUUAAGGUGUUGCUGAAACACUUGUCUGUGUCUGAAGAUCUGAAUACAAUCGACAUUACGCCUGGGUCUAUCGUACUAGCGAGCGAGGACACACUCGAAACAGGGGUAAUGCUCCUCAGAAACAACAGCAUAUUCCUGUUGGCCAGCAUAUCUGCGGGUAAGGACAUUGCACUGCCCGAGGAUGUGGCUGUUAUAGAUGAGCAGUGCUUCGAAGAAAGAAAGUGGAUGUUCAUGAUUAAGCAUGAAACAAGGAAAGAAACUAUUUCUGUGGUGUACCUGCCUAAGAUUCUUUUUUUCCGACCAUCUGAUUUGUUCAAUGAGGAAUUAAGCACCAAGCAGUAUGUUGUCGCAGAGAAUAGUUCACUCGCUGAAGUAAAAGCAUUUAUUGCUGACAUCAGCAAUGAGAAAUACCGUAUAACAAGAAGUUGCAGGUUUGUGUUCGUAGUGGACAGGGAGGCGCCUCCAUUUUCUCCGACUGACAACUUCUACGCGGAGCAGCUGAGCCUGGACUUGGCAGUGAACAUCUACUACAAGGGCGCCUGGGGCUCUCUGGUGGACCUGCAGGAGUCCAUCUCGCCCGUCGCAGCCAACACCAGUGUCGGCAAGCUGGUCUCCUCGCUCAGAGUGAAAGAUUUGGAGUGGAGCUAUGUUGGAGUAAACUUACGAAACAAGAAAACAGGAAAAAUGGAGGACGACAGAGUCAGUACCCUGGAUUUGUCCGGCAGAAGCCCUGCUGGCCAGCAUGUGAUGUGUGUGGCUCGUGUGAGUUCCCAAUGUGGUCAGGCGACCACGGAGCCUUAUCUGAAAUGGCCCGUGCCACAAUCCUGGAGUCUGGAGGACGCUGCAACAGUUCCUUUUGCUUAUUGCCUGGCGUACUACGCUCUGGUGCUGAGAGCGGACGCCAGGCCCGGGGAGAGCAUCCUGGUUCAGGCCGGCCACACGCCCGUGGGGCAGGCGUUCAUAUCUGUGGCUCUGGAGCGGGGCCUGGCCGUGAGCGCGACUGUCCCCAGCCAGCACCGGCGGCUACUCAGGAGCAAGUUCCCUCAGAUUCUAGAAUGUGAAAUUUUUGAUUUGGAUGGAAAUUCUUUGGAAGCAGAUAUCCUCAAGAGAUCUAAGCAUGAUGGCUUCAGAAUUGUAGUUAAUUCUCUAGAAGAGCGCUAUCUACAGAUAUCAGUCAACUGCGUGUGUUUGUUUGGCCGCCUGAUACAGUUGUGUACAAGAGAGAUGGAACAACACAAGCAGUUCGGAAUGGAGCCGUUCUUGAAGAACCUAGGGUUUAUCGCAGUAGUGCCAGAGAACUUAUUUGCAAUGAGUCCGGCGUGGAAGACGAGGCUUCACGAGAUGGUGGCUGGUGGAAUCAAGUCGGGCUUCGUCCGGCCGCUGGACAGAGAAGUGUUCCCUGUGGCUAGGGCGGACGAGAGCAUCAGUACCCUACACGACCCUGGCUGCUUAAAAAAGCUGUUGGUCACCAAUGACACUUACUGCAAGCCGUCAAUGAUAGUUUCCAAGCCCAAGAACACUUGUUUUAAAAUGUUUUCUUUUGACUCCAAAGCCUCAUGCCUUAUAAUUGGCGACGCGCCAGAGAACUGCCUGGUGUUGGCGGAGUGGCUAGUGGACCGAGGCUGUCGCUACGUCACGAUGUGCUGCGACGACUCUGCGAAGUCUGGCUUCGCCAACAGACGCGUACGCACACUCAGGGAGCACAGUGAUGCUAGUAUUGACAUAGUGUCCGUGAAGAAGACACACACCUUGGAACACACUCUGGACCUUGUGCAUGGCAUUAACACCACUGCCCCAUUGUCCGCUGUGUUCAUACUCUCUGUGAAAGACUCUCUAUCCAUGAACUUAGUAAAAGUAGCUUUGUGCGACAUAGAAUCAGUCACACCAACCGUGAUGAUGUUCAACGCAGACAUAACCACGGUGAAACACAUGCGUAAGAGCACAGGGUUGCCAGUGCUGAACCUGCAAAUGAGUGGCGAUAUUAAAGCAGAUAAUCUACGAGUAGUCUUGUCUAAAGUAAUGGAUGAGCUGAUGAUUAGCAAGACCAGGGAGACUGUGUACCUGGAUGUGGAACAGAAAGGUGUGCCAAAUGAGCCACUAUCCUCGGAGGAGCAGCUACCGAUACUGCUGCCCUCGUCUCUAGAGCAGCUGGAGAGACUGGGAGAAGACCUGAUGCACAGAGCCUCUUGUUCACUGGAGGAAAUGUGCACCAAGACUCCUAGAGCGUCACACGUGCGUGAAGUGCAUCCUGUGUUCAUCGUCCCGGGACUCCAAGAGCCGGCCAAGAGCGCUGCAGAGGUGCUGGCUCGUAACCUCAUGUGUCCAGCCAUCGUGGUUCACUUGCCAGGGACAGCCCACAGUCUGAAAGACAACGUCGCUGCUAUCAUACAAGACAUGAGGCGUGUGCAGGCAGAGGGUCCCUACAACCUGGUGGGAGUGUCCUGGGGAGGGAUGUAUGCAGUAGAGCUGGCGAGGCAGCUCCAAGCAGCAGGAGACAACACUCAAGUGUUCCUGCUGGAAGGAGCGCCUCAGACCAACCAGGAUGUGGCCAGGCUUCUGGGGGAGGGUGCCCAGUUGCAAGUGAACCUGCUUAUCCGGCUGCUCGGUCUAACUGCGAGCUCGGUGCACAAAGACCUCAUGCUGCUCCCCGACUGGAGAUCACGCCUGCACAGAGCUCUCUCCGAGCUGCCGCAGACAAGGACGACCAACCAGCAGCAUCUGUGCCUCGCUGUGGAGGCCGUGUACAGGAGAGUGGAGACUCUGCUGAGUUACAGGCCGACUGGAGCGUCGCUGUCCGGACAAGUGGUUCUCUUUCGCCCCAACACACAGCUCAACGACACUUGCGGGCUUGAAAAGCUCUUCAAAGAGUCUCUGAACGUGGUCUUGGUGGAGAAUGAUCACAAGUCCUUGCUAGCGAGUUCGCAAGUAGCGAAUGUCAUCUCUGACUCAUCUCUAGUUAACGUGUACUAUUUACCUCAAAGAAGUUGAUGCCUCACCAAGUAUUGCACGUGCCUAAUAAAUGAAAGAUCAAGAGGCCGCUGAAGAGAAAUUAUGCUGGCAACUGUAACUAUUAUUGUCCGUUAAAAUCUGGCGAAGGGUGUGCAACAAAACAGCAAAGAACAUCAGCAUAUAACUGAGAAAAUCAUCAGGAUAUUAAGAAAAACUGAAUGUGAAAAAAUUUUCAUACUGUUAAUAUAGAUAAACUGAUAUAUAUUUUGUUGCUUUUACAUAACUUCAUUAUCUGUGUAAAAUAUCAAGGGUACAGGUUUAAAAUAAUAAAAAAUAAAUUAAUUAAAAUAAUUUUAAGGACAUAAGUUUUCUUAGUACAUUUUCUACAACCUAAUGUGUAAUUUGUAGAAAGUAAAUCAUAAUUUUGCGCACAUUAAUAUCCCAACACUUUCAAACAACGUGUUUCUUCUGCUGUAAUCAUAGUAAAAAAAUUAAGAAUAUAGGUACAUAAUAAAAGUUUGAAAAUCCA